UUGAAUCGGCUAACACGUCUCUGGCAACCCUUUAAAGAAUUUGAGAUUUGAGUAUGGUUACGUAGAAUGGAUUUGGCUGUUUUUACCGCACCCAGCCAUAUUCUUUCAUAAUGUAAAUACGGGAAGGUUUACCACAGAUAUCGCUCUAAUCUAAAAAUCUGUUGAUAUGGCUGAGGUUAAAUCUGCUCCAGAGCCAGAAAUGAAAGGCUGGUUGUAUAAGUGGACAAAUUAUCUGAAAGGUUAUCAGAAACGCUGGUUUGUAUUAUAUAAUGGCCUUCUCUCAUACUAUAGGAAUCCUGCGGAAGUUGCUCAUACGUGUCGUGGAACCAUAAAUUUAGUUAGUGCCGUUAUACAUACAGUGGAUUCAAGUAAUUUUGUUAUUUCAAAUGGAGGAACUCAAACAUUCCACUUAAAAGCAGCAAACGAAAUCGAGAGGCAGCGAUGGGUUACUGCUUUAGAGCUUGCAAAAGCUAGAGCAAUUAGAAUCACUGAAUCUGAUGAUGAUGAAGAUUUCAAUAUUUUACCUGCUCAAUCUGAAAAGAAUGAACUCCAAUCCAUAUUAAAAACAUUAAAUGCUAAAUUAGAAGAUUUAAAUACAUGCAAUGACCUAAUCAUCAAGCAUGGGACUGCACUUCAACGUUCUUUGUCUGAACUCGAAACUCUGGAAACUGCUAGCGAUGCUGUGAACAAGAUUAAGAGUGUAAAUGAAAGAGCUACAUUAUUUCGCAUAACAUCUAAUGCCAUGAUAAAUGCUUGUCAAGAUUAUAUGCAACUAGCACAAUCCCAGGGACGCAAAUGGCAAAAAAUGUUACAACAUGAGCACGAGCAGCGGUUACGAUUGGAAGAGAUGGUAGAACAACUUGCUAAACAACAUUCUCAUUUAGAAAGAGCUGCAAAAGAGGCAUCUGCAAAUUCACCGGGUAUACACUCUGAUGAUGAAGAAUUUUAUGAUGCUGAGGAAGAAACGGGUGCAGAUUUUGUUAUUACUAUUCCUGGCAAAGGUCACAGGAGAACGCCAAGUGGUUUUAGUCUUCAAAGUGAAGGUCAGGGAUUCCAGGAUGGUGGGGCCUCUUCUGACACUGAUCCUGAAGGAGCAAAUGGAGCAAAGGAAGACAUUAUUGCCCGAAGAAAGAAGACAAAACGGAAUAGAAUGUUAGUAGAACAAGGAAAAGUACAUUCUGUAUGUGUAUCCAAUUUUGAAGAAGACAAUAAUUCUGAUUCCGAAAACAAGUCCUCAAGUGCUCCUGGAACACCUAAUUGUUCCAGCUACAGAGUCCCUCGAGAUACCAACAGAAGUAUGGUACCUGUUAAAAAAAGACGCAUGACAGUUCCUGAAAAGCCCAAUUACAGUCUGAAUCUGUGGUCAAUAAUGAAGAAUUGCAUUGGUAAAGAGUUAACAAAAAUUCCCAUGCCUGUCAAUUUCAAUGAACCUUUAUCGACACUUCAGCGUCUUACUGAAGAAUAUGAGUAUUCUGAUUUGUUGGAUAAAGCUGCAGAAUGUACAGACAGUUGUGAACAAAUGACGUAUGUUGCUGCAUAUACAGUAUCUGCAUAUGCUACUACAAGUAACAGAACUGGAAAGCCUUUCAAUCCUCUCUUAGGGGAAACAUAUGAAUGUGAUCGUACAGAUGACUACGGCUGGCGGUGUAUUUCCGAACAGGUCAGUCAUCAUCCACCUAUGCUUGCUCAACAUUGUGAAGGAAGAGGCUGGAAGUGUUGGCAAGAGUUUACAAUGUCAAGUAAAUUCAGAGGCAAAUACCUACAAAUUAUUCCAUUAGGUAUUGCUCAUCUCCUUUUCCCCGAGUCCGGUAAUCACUAUACUUGGCGAAAAGUCACAACGUUCGUGCACAACAUUAUCGUUGGAAGACUUUGGGUUGACCACCAUGGGGAAAUGGAAAUUGUUAAUCAUACUACAGAAGAUAAAUGCCAUCUUAGGUUUAUUCCUUACAGUUAUUUUUCAAGAGAAGUUCCUCGAAAGGUUACAGGCGUUGUCACAGACCACGAAGGGAAUGCUAAGUUUGUUCUCCAAGGCACAUGGGAUCACAAGAUGGAAGCAGCUCGUGUUUUAAAUAGUCAUGGGUCAGUGAAAGGAAAACCUCUCCUGGAAACUUCUUCUCCUAAAACCAUAUGGCGUCGGCAAUUUCCAGGGCCAGAAUAUGAAAAAAUGUAUAACUUCACUAUUCUGGCCUGUCAACUAAAUGAGUCAGAAGAAGGAGUUGCCCCGACGGAUAGUCGAUUGAGACCUGAUCAAAGAUUGAUGGAAGAUGGAGCUUGGGAUGAGGCAAAUCAAAUCAAAGUGCAGUUAGAAGAAAAACAGCGAGCAGUUAGAAGAAAAAGAGAAGAAGAAGCAGAAAAAGCAGCAGCUGAAGGACGGCCAUAUGAAGGCUAUGAACCAGCCUGGUUCAAGAAAGAAACAGAUCCUAUUACAGGAAAUCCUGUUCAUAAAUACACUGAAGAAUAUUGGAAAUGUAAAGAAAUUCAAGACUGGUCUAGAUGUCCUAAUAUAUUCUUGUGAUACUGUUGAAAUAGUCUAGAAUCAAGCUUCAUCUGUAUUUUCAUAGAAAUUAGGAUAUGGAAAAGAAUAUACAUUCAAAAAAGAAGCAGGUCACAAUCACAGCCCUGCCAUAUAGUCUUUUAUCUGUUAAAAUCAACUUUUAGUCAUUGAAAAUGGGGCAGAACUGAGUUACAAUAGUGUGUUACAGUUCAUAAUCUAAUAUAGAUAUUCUAUAGAUUAUGAACUUUAAAAUUUUCAAUCAGAUUAUUACUGCUACAAAUGUACAAUUGAAAGUGUAUUCUUUUGUAAUGAUUUUAUAUAUUAUUGAAAAUAUAAUUGAAAUAAAGAAAGUAUUUCUUCCAUAUCUUGCAUGACUUUGUACUCACAUAAACUCUUCCUUUUUUCAUUAGUAUUAGACAAAUAUUUAAAAAUAGUAAGUUUUUAAAUUAAAAUUCUUUGUAUGUAAGAUAAAAGCGCCUGACUAUUAUGAAAUGCCUUAUGAUACGCAGUAGUCCCUUGACAACCAUUAGUUAAUCAAAUACAAUUUAGAAUUUCUUUUUGAAAUACAUUUUUAAUUCUGUAUUUAUAGUCUUUGUCAUAUAAUUUUCAAUAAUGUUUUCCAAAAUAAUAUAGAGCAAUCUGCAGGUUAUUUCAGAGACAAAUAGCAUUUUUCAUAUGUAGCAUGCUAUUUUUAUGUGUACUGUUGUCAUUUCUGUGUAUUAAUUCUGUCAGUCUUAGAGAAGAAAAAUGUGAAAUGGAUUAAACUGUGUUUAUAUUGAUGCCAAAUCAAAGAUUAUUUUUAAUACCAGAGUGUACUCUUUGUUUUUGGUCUUGGAUUGAUACUUCAUUGUUUGUAAUUUGUAUGAUAUCCUUCCUUUUCCCUUGCCAAUGAUCUAAAAAAAAAUAUGGAUUUAUUGUUCAAGAUUUAUUUCUUCAUGUUCCAAUUGUAACUUUGAAAUACUAGGCAUAUAGUUAUUCCUGUUAUAUACAAUAGAUACAAUAUUUGUUUUGAAUCUGAAAAUGGAAGAAAAUUAUAAUUUAGCUCUGAUGUUAUAAUGUGUGGAUAUAAUUUGUUACUCCUGUGUUUUUGUUAAAUGCCAUACUUGCAUAUUUUUUCACCUUUUUUUUAACUAAUUUUAUUUUUUUAACUAAUUAAUAAAAUUAAUGAAAUAAAUGCUACUGAAAUGAAGAUAUUAGAUAUCAGGUAAGUAGCAACAACAUACAGGGAUUUGAAUCUUGCUUGCUUUUAUUGUUGUUCACUGCUACUCCCUAGUUCCAAAAACAUUUAAGGCUGCUGGAACUAUUGUAUGUCCCAUCUGUUACAGCAGUGGUUCUCAAUCUUUUUUGUCCCAUGUAUCCCUUUCACUGCUGCUAGACUACCAUCCCCUUCUCCUUUUCAAAACUAAAAAAAAAAAAUACAUUUAUUUAAAUUUAGAUUAUUUUAAUGUGUUUUAUAAAUUAAAUAAGAAAAAUGUAGAAAAUUUUGAUAAAUACCAAAACUUGAAUACAAGUAGUUUUUUACAUUCAUAAAUUAAAAUUAAAUACUUAGCAGAUGAAUAAAAAAGCUGACUUCAUUUCCCCUGAAACUAUGAAAUCCUCCCAAUUUGAGACCUGCUGUGUUACAGCUUGCAAAUUAUCACCAUUACCAUGAUCUUUGUCACUGUUCAGCUUGUCUUCCCACAUGCCAUGAUCUUCAGAGCCAUCAAAAGCAUUAGAUGUCCCUUUUAUCUUGAAGCUUUUCUCUAGUAUUGCACCAUCAGUCAGAGCCCAUGCGCCCAAGUCUGUGCACCCGAAGUCCAUGAGCAGAUCAGUUUGUAAAAUGAAAACAAUCACUACAUGGACAAAUUCACUUUGAAAUUUAGGAAUUUUUUAAUUUCAGAACCGGGGGGUGAAAAUAGCUAAGUAAUAUGGUAAUUAUGACAUUUUGCUGAAAGACAAAUUACCGUAUAACUCCAUUAAAUGUUAUCAGUUCAUCUCAGAACAUAAUGGAAUGCUUUAUUUACUUGAUUUUUUUAUGUGUAAAAUAUAUUAUUACUAUUUAAUUUGCUUCUUGUUAUUUUGGAACUAAUUCUCUUUUUACAUGGCCUUAUCUUUACAAGGCUCCCAAUGUUCGUGAACGGAACUUAAAAUAUGCUUGUGGUUGGUGAAGGAAAACUGUGUUGCAUAACUGUAUCUUUUACUCUUAUUUUGCUUAAAGUUCAUCAGAAAUAAUCAUAUGUGAUUCAUUAUAUGCUUUCCAUGACGCUGUUCAAGAAAAGCUGGUGAUAACUAUGGUUUGUUGUUUAUAAUAUAAAAUCGCAAAGUUAUUGCAUUAAGUUGUAACAUUUGCAAAAUUGUUACAAAAUAUUAAUUUGUUAAAGUUACAUUUGAGUCUUUUUGUAUGCUUUUCUGUGAUUUUAAGAGCCUGUAUAUCCUAUUUGCCAUAUAUUUAUGGCUAGCCUUAUGUAUUCUGUAGAGAAUAUUUAAAGCAACACAUGCUGCUCACAUAUUUGUGAAAUAAAUGUUUAUAAGUGUGCUUAUUAGAAUUUUGAUUCGCAAUGUAAAAAAUGUUGAAAGAAGUUUUAAAAUCUUAUUUUAAAAGCAGAUUUUGUGUUUUACAUUAUUAUAUAUUAUAUUUGUACAUAAAAUGAAUAUUUAUGCAAUAUUAAAAGUCUUCUAUUUUAGUAUUUCUCAGUUUUAUGUUAAUAAAAAAAUGUGAGUGACUUUAUGAUAAUAUUCUGUUAUCAUUGUUUGCAAUUUUUUUAAUUCAUCAAUUUUUCAAACUAAAAAAUGUCUCAAUUAUAAUUUCAAUUUCAGGUUAUUUUAUAUUGCAAAAAUGAUCUGAAUUCCUGCGUAUUUUAUGGUCUUGAAAAUUAGCUGUGAUCUGUAAAAUUGCUACUGUCAUAUAAAUCUGUUUGAUGAAAACAUGAAAUUAGGAAAUUAUUGUAUGUAAGAGAAUAUUACUGCUUUUUCUAUACCAAUGUUUUGUAAAAAAGAAAUCAUUCAGAUUUUAUUAUAAUGCUUUAAGUUGAAAAUUAUUUAUCAUAUACAUACAUUUAGUCUGUUUAAUUUUAUUGAAUAACUUUCUACAUCUUGAAGUCUCAUAAAAAAUUCAUUUUCUAAAUUUGCCAUGGUGUGUUAUGUUUCUGUAUUACCAUAUUUUACUGUUUAAAGUGUUAUCUCUUAUUAUUUCAAGUAUUAACUCAUCUGAAUUAAAUAAUAUAUUAAAUUAGCAUAAUGGAUUAAUGAAAGUAUUAAUAUAUGAACUACAGUUGUGUGCAUGUUGAAUGAUAUUCUGACUUUCAGUAGUUUAUCCUCUGAAAAAAAAAAAAAAAGAAAGAAAGAAAGAAAGAAGGAUGAUCUGUGUCAAAACUGAAAUUCAGAAUGUCAUUCGCAAGUUUUGUUCUCUCGGUAACGUAAGAAUGUUUGCUUCCUAUUACUUCUUUGUGUAUUAUAUUCAUAAUAUUGUGGAUAAAAUUUUUUUUAAAUGUAUCCUUGAUUGUAAAUGAAAAUAAGAGAAAUUAUAAAUGGUUGCUAAAAUAUAGUUUCUAAAGAAUCUUAACAAUGAUUAUGUAUUUGUCCAGAAUAUUUGAUUCUUUACUGUAAAAAGAGUGAAAGUAUUUCAUAUUAAAAAAAAUAUAAAGUUUCA